AUGGAGGGUCGGCGGUUGGGGAAGGAGGAGGCUGGACUCGAGAUCCCCUUGACGUCUCGGCACACUGCGCAGGCCGGUCCCAUCAAGGUGGGUACUCACAGCGCCAAGGCAACUAUGCUCAGUUGGGCAGUUGACAAACCUAAAGGAACCGCUCCCCCUCUGCCGGCGGCAGGUCUUGCCCAACCUUUGUACUCCCAGGGACGACGCAUUGAGCCAGUUCCACGUGCCGGGCAACCUCUGCCCGUUCCUGUUGCGGCAUCCAGCAGGAGCAAUUGUGAUUCCGAUGCUGAAGAAGAAUCAGCCAGACACUUUGCCAGGUUUCGGCAGUCCUUCACAGAAUCCAACCAACAGCAGCAAAGUACUUCAUCGUUUCUCUUGAAAGCUGCCCCGAAGCGAAAGCCAGCAAAGGCGGCCGAUCCCCACCAUCCCAAGUUCCAGCAGAUUGCAGGUUUCUCCCAGAUGGCCUUGUCACUGUUUUGGGGUGUGCUUGUUUUUAUGGGUGAUUGUAGUGGAUUGUUCAAGCAGAUUCAGUGCUCCGAAUUUGCCAGUCAUCACACCUCGCGAAUUCUUUCCGGGUAUGCCACGAACACGGUGCUCCGUUACCUGGCAGCUUGGUCACACUUUGUGGCGAAUCUUGAAGGGCUAGGCGACAGCUUCAUGUUGCCCCUGCAAGCUAUGAGCUAUGCUGAGGUACCGCCCCUCAAUUUCACAGUGCAUAGUCUCAAAGCCACUAUGCUUUCCAUGUCCCUUCAAGUCAAUGUUGAUGAGGUUGAUAGGAAACGUCAAGGGCACCACCGCAUAAGCAGCUCCGCUCUUUAUUCCCGUGAUGAUGUUCAUGGCAUGCUUCGGUGCCAAUCUUGCAUUCGUGAUAGCAUCCGCACAGGCUUCCGAUUUUUGGUCCCCCAGCACAGAGGAGGGCAGCAGCCCUUGACACCAGCGUACAUCCCGCCGGAAGCUUUCUCUAAGGACUACGAGUUUGAACCCUUCCAGUGGUUCUCGUUUCAACUUGAUGGCAGUGACGAUUUGCUUCAAAGCAGUAAUGGGAGUUGGGAGGUCGCAGAAAAUCAAAUAGUCACCCCUGAUCCAGAUAUAGAGGCGCUGGACAAAGAUCUCGUGUACCACUCCGACCCAGGAUCUUCAGAUGAGAGCGAGGAGGAACCUUCGGCACCCCCGGCCGAAGAGCACGACUUAGGUGAGCCUGAGGAAUUCUUGCUGGGCUCCUGCACCGCGGUGUUGCAUGUGCUCUGCCCUUCAGAUGCUUUGUCAGGCACUCUUGUCAAUGGGACAUAUAUGCGUGCAAAGUGUGGUGCCACUCUUCCGGCCGAUCGGCUCAUGAUCCACACGUCAGUGCCAUCUUCGUGUCGGUUGUGCAGACGCAGUGCUUGCUUGGCAGCUUUAUCUUGUUGUUCCGAGGAGUGA